AUGCGAGACGCGUCGCCUACGAUGAGGGUGGUAGAGGACGUUGCUCUGAUGGGCUUGACCAACAGCCUCGUGCUUCUCUACCGGCGAGCAGACGCCGUGUACCUUGUGUACAUGGUGGAGUACUACGACGAGCUUCCUUGCAUGACGGUCUUCAUACACGAUCACGUGUUCGGCAGCUGGCACAGUCAGCUGAGGCCAAUGUUCAAGAGAGCUCGGGCCUUCUACCUCCUCAUGGCAGCGCGUCUAAGAGAUGGAAAGAGCGGCGCGCUUGUGCAUCCCGAGCUCCAGACGUUCCCUUCCUACUCGACGCUUGCUGGCUUCACAGACAACGCCGUGACUUUGAACAGCUGCUACUGCCACGAGCAUAGAGAGCCGCUGUGCUGGGGGGGAUACAAUCUCAACGACUACGAGCGAGAGACGAACAGAUCUCUUCAUAACAUGACCGGUCAAGACUCGCUCGACAGGAUCUAUCAAGCUGUGAUCUCACUACCGGAGCGAUGGAAGUCUCGGAGGGGUCGGUGGCUUGUAUGGGAAGAGCCUCAUCAGGUAUUCCAGCAGUCCGAGAGGCUCUUCGGAUCCUUACAUGCAAGACUGGGGCGAGCAAAGAGUUGGAGGUCGAUCCCGUUUGCGUCAUGCUGUGCGAUGUUCAUAGCGCAGAGGAAGCACAUAAGAAGACAGCCGAAGCAGUUGUACAAGGAGAGCUUGUCCGCGCUUCUGUCGACUCACCUCCUCCCUCACCACACCGGUCGAUGGUUCGAGUUCAACUGGGACAACCUGCUCUUCGAUCCGUCAGGGUCGCUGGAUGCCUCGAGAAGACGUCUGUACGUGGACAUCGAUGACGUUUACGCGCAAGUCUUCAACGAGACCAACGCGGUCGCUGAUCUACAGGAGCUCAUCGACUCAUGA